CGUCUUGACACUUCUCCACAAGGUCACCCAAACCAACCCAACAAACCCGCCCGCCCCAAGAACUCAAAAGCAGGACUCCAGAUCCCUAAGACUAAGCUCCACAGCACCGCCUCGCCUCGCCAUACAAUCAUGUGGAGACGCAUAUAUAUGCUGUUAUUGGCAGUGAGACUGUACUUUUCUCUCGCGCCGUCUUAUAUCCAUCCCGAUGAGCAUUUUCAAGGCCCAGAAGUUAUUGCUGGUCAUAUCUUCAACUGGCCAACUGUCAGGACAUGGGAGUUUACAGUUGAAGCUCCCAUUCGGAGCUUCUUUCCCUUAUGGCUCGUUUACGGCUUUCCAAUGAAAUUCUUGGACUGGGUCUAUCCAGGUGCUGAGCCACCGGAGCCGAUUGUUAUCUUUUACUUCCUACGGACAAUGUUCUUCUUGGCGUCCUUUGUUCUCGAGGACUGGGCCCUUCAAGAGCUCCUGGCGACUCCCCGCCAACGUCGCAUCAGUCUGUCGCUGCUGGCCAGCAGCUAUGUGACGUGGACGUAUCAGACGCACACAUUUUCCAACUCCGUCGAAACCAUCGCGGUGCUGUGGUCGUUGGUGCUUAUGGAACGGAUCUCAAAGUCUAAGAGCUGGGUCUUCCUUUCACCUGCAGCCCUCGGCUUCACCGUCGUCUUCGGCGUGUUUAACCGCAUCACGUUCCCCGCUUUCCUUAUCCUGCCGGCGUAUCGGGUCAUUCCUCACUUCCUUCGCAGACCCGUUUCCGUCCUCCCUCUAAUCGUCGCCGCCGGGCUCACUGCCGCCCUUGCCAUCUCGGUCGACACUUUCCACUACGCACCAACAUCCACUUCCCCCAUAAUCACCCCUCUGAACAACCUCCUCUACAAUAGCAAGACUGAGAACUUGGCACACCACGGUAUCCAUCCAUACUACACACAUCUGGUCGCAAACCUUCCGCAACUGUUGGGUCCGGCACUUCUCCUUCUCCGUGCGCCGCUCAGCAGCCCCGUGCUCUCGGCAAUCGGUGGAGUCCUCACCCUCUCAGCACUACCCCACCAAGAGGCGCGCUUCCUGCUUCCCGUGAUUCCACUCCUGCUCACCUCAGUGACCCUUCCACAAGGCCUCCUCAGAAAACGCGUCUGGAUUGCCUCAUGGAUGAUCUUUAACGCAGCCUAUGGCACGCUCCAGGGGAUCUACCACCAGGCCGGGAUCGUGCCCGCGCAGACAUUUCUAGCAACCACCAACGUCACCGACGUCCUCUACUGGAAAACCUACAAUGCGCCGACCUGGCUGCUGGGGCCGCUCAGCGCACGCACAAAUACGACCAACCUCAUGGGUGCACCCGUGAGCACGUUGCUGUCGGAGCUAGCCAGCAAGUCCAACUGCACCGGUGAAGCAUACCUUGCGGCCCCAUUGUCAGCCACAAAAUUGGACCCGCUGCUCGACGCGCCAGAGUUGCCAUUUCGCCUCGAGAUGGCGUGGAAUACCCGCGUUCAUCUUAACAUGGACGACCUCGACUUUGGAGAGGAUGGUGUAGUCCCUACGCUGCAGAGGGUGGUGGGGAGGAGAGGACUGGGCGUGUGGAGGAUACGGAGGAGGGAGUGUGAGGAGGUGUGAUUUUCCCUUUAGAUACCCUUUUGUCGUAAUGGAUUUCUGCGGACUGUGGGCGUUUCCUAGGCUGGGAUGGUGAUGCCAGUAAGUUGGCUGUAGGAUCGGGAAUGCAUGCAGGUUUUCUUCAUACUACACGUCGUGAUCCUGAAAGUAGAAAGGAUCCUUUUGUGCCUUUGGUGUCCACGGUACAGAAAUGCGACCUAGCGGG